CAGUAUUACUUCUCGGUGCGGAUCUUUGCUGGUCAGGACCCCUCCCACGUUUGGGUGGGUUGGGUGACCCCCGACUUCCACCAACACGACCCCAACUUCGACCUGACGCGCGUCCGCACCGUCACCGUCACCAUGGGGGACGACAGGGGCAACGUGCACGACAGCAUCAAGCGCAGUAACUGUUACAUGGUUUGGGGGGGGGAUGUUGUGGCCGGAGCCCCCCAGACCCGCAGCCACAGCGACGCCGUGAUUGGCUGCUUGGUGGACGUGGCCACCGGAUUGAUGACCUUCACAGCCAAUGGGAAGGAGAUCAACGCCUUCUUCCAGGUGGAGCCCAACACGAAGCUGUUCCCCGCUGUGUUUGUGCUGCCCACCAGCCCCAACGUGUUCCAGUUUGAGCUGGGGAAACUGAAGAACAUCCUGCCCAUCUCGGCCGCCCUGUUCAGCAGCGAAGCCGGGAACCCGGAGCCUCAAUGUCCGCCCCGACUCUGCAUCCAGCGCCUGACGCCGGUGACGUGGAGCCGGAUGCCGGCGGAGUCGCUGCCGGUUCAAAUGGGCCGGGCCGGAAACGGAGCAGGAUGGGCUGUGAGCUGCUCGGAGCCGCGGCUCAUGAUGGCGCUGCACGUACCCGAGGAGAACAGAUGCAUGGACAUCAUGGAGCUGUGGGAGCGGCAGGAGCUGCUCCGUUUCCAUUGGCACACAUUGAAGCUCUAUUGCGCUGUCUGUGCCCUGGGCAAUACCCGUGUGGCUCACGCCCUGUGCAGCCACGUGGACCCGGCCCAGCUCCUGUUCGCCAUCCAGAGCCCGGACCUGCCGGGUCCGCUCCGUGCCGGGUAUUACGACCUAUUGCUGGCGGUUCAUUUGGAUCACGGGGUCCGGACCCGCUCGUCCAUGAGCUCCGAGUUCAUCAUCCCAAUGAACGAAACCUCCAAAAGCAUCACGUUAUUUCCCGGUACCGACAAGAUUUCCGGACCUCCCGGCGUCGGGAUUCGGGCUUGUUUAAGACCUAAACCUCAUUUUACCGAACCUUGUUUUAUUCGACCCAUUAAUGGGAAAACCCUCUUAGGGCCUGCGGUCCCGUUACGAGCCUUGGGGCGCCGGGCCAUAAGGAUGUUAAGGGAGGCGGUGGGCAGCGGGGGGCAAUGUGCCCGUGACCCGGUAGGGGGCAGCGUUGAGUUCCAAUUGGUUCCGGUUCUGAAGCUGAUCUCGGCUCUAUUGGCCGUCGGGGCUUUAAAGGACCCCGAGGUUCGGAAGGUUCUGAGGAUGAUCGAGCCCAGAGUGUUCGGGAAGGGGGGGGGGGAGAUGGAGCAGGACAACGAGGAUGAGGAGGAGGAUGAAGGAGACAAUGAGGACAAGGAGGAGGAGGAGGAGGAGGAAGGACCUGAGGAGGGGCUGCUGCAGAUGAAGCUGCCGGAGCCUGUGAAGCUGCAGAUGUGCAACCUGCUGCAGUUCUUCUGUGACCAGGAGCUGCAGCACCGCGUCGAAGCCAUCGUCGCAUUCUCCGAGCGCCACGUGGAGCGGCUGCAGCGCGACCAGAGGGGGCGCUACCGGAAACUCAUGGCCGCGCUCACCAUGUCGGCGGCUGAGACGGCCAGGAGGACCAGGAUAUCCCCCAUUCCAGGCACCCUCCAGGAGCUGAUCUCCCAGACCAUGGUCCAUUGGGCCCAGGAAUCGUUCAUCCAGGACCCGGAGCUGGUUCGCUCCAUGUUCAGCCUGUUGCACCGUCAGUACGACGGGCUGGGGGAGCUGGUCCGGGCCCUGCCCAAGUCUUACACCAUCAGCUGCCACUCGGUGCCCGACACCACGGAGCUGCUCGAGUGUCUGGGCCGGAUCCGCUCCCUGCUCAUCGUCCAGAUGGGGCCCGAGGAGGAGAAUCUCAUGAUCCAGAGCAUCGGGAACAUCAUGAACAACAAGGUGUUUUACCAGCACCCCAACCUGAUGCGGGCGCUGGGGAUGCACGAGACCGUGAUGCAGGUGAUGGUCAGCGUGCUGGGAGGAGGAGACUCCAAGGUGCGCCCCACAGGCCCCAUAGGGACCCACAUGUGCUCCAUGUUCGAUCAUCUGGGGUAUCUGCUGGAGAACAGCAGCAUUGGGUUAGGGAUGCGUGGGUCAACCCCAUUGGACGUAGCGGCCGCUUCCGUCAUUGACAACAAUGAGCUGGCGCUGGCACUGAAGGAGCAGGACCUGGAGAAGGUGGUGACGUACCUGGCGAGCUGCGGGCUGCAGAGCUGCCCGAUGCUGCUGGCCAAGGGUUACCCCGACAUCGGGUGGAAUCCCUGCGGGGGGGAGCGGUACCUCGACUUCCUGCGAUUCGCCGUGUUCGUCAACGGUCAGAACCAGGACAGGGACAGAACCGGGACAGAACCGGGACAGAACCGGGCCUGCGCCCAUUUUAUCCCCCCAUCAACCCCCCUUGUCUCCCUGCUCCAGCUGAUCCAGGCAGGGAAGGGUGAAGCCCUUCGGAUCCGGGCCAUCCUGCGCUCCCUGGUUCCAUUGGACGACCUGGUGGGGGUCAUCAGCCUCCCCCUGCAGAUCCCGGCCUUCGGGAAAGCUGCUUAUUGGAGGUUCGAUUCCGCUCUGGCCAACAUGAAGGGCGGUCCUACCUUUCGGCUGGAUACAACGGCUGCCUUUAGCACUACAGAGAUGGCUUUGGCCCUGAACCGUUACCUGUGUGUUGCGGUGCUGCCGCUCAUCACCAAGUGUGCGCCGCUGUUUGCGGGCACGGAGCACCGCGCCAUCAUGGUGGACUCGAUGCUGCACACCGUGUACCGGCUGUCCCGCGGGAGAGCCCUCACCAAGGCACAGCGCGACGCCAUCGAGGAGUGUCUCAUGGCGCUAUGCAGGUACAUCCGUCCCUCGAUGCUGCAGCACCUCCUGCGCCGCCUGGUGUUCGACGUCCCCAUCCUCAAUGAGUUCGCCAAGAUGCCGCUCAAGCUGCUGACCAACCACUACGAGCGCUGCUGGAAGUAUUACUGCCUGCCCAGCGGGUGGCCCAACUUUGGGGUCAGCUCGGAGGAGGAGCUGCACCUCACCAGGAAACUCUUCUGGGGCAUCUUCGAGUCCCUGGCACACAAGCGCUUUGACCCCGAGCUGUACCGCCUGGCCAUGCCGUGUCUCUGUGCCAUCGCGGGGGCGCUGCCCCCCGACUACGUGGACGCCAGUUACUCGUCCAAGGCCGAGAAGAGGGCGGCCGUGGACGCGGAGGGGAACUUCGACCCCAAACCCGUCGAGACACUCAAGUAGGGGCGGCCCCAAAGACCAACCCCAAAGCCAGACC